AUGGCAACUUCAUCGGGAACUGUACCUGAUGUAUUACCAUCACAAGUUUUAAGUGUUAGUCCAAGUUUACCAACAAAUAAACUUCUCGAUAAUUUAACUAAAAAUCAAAGACUUUUACAAUCACUACCACAAAAUUAUGAAAAACGUCAUUUUUUCACAGGACUUUAUAAAACAUUACUUGAUGAUUUUUUCUAUUCACAUGAACGUGCUGACAUACAACUUUAUGCAGCUAUAUGUCUAGCCGAUAUUAUUCGUAUUUAUGCACCAAAUUUACCUGAAAUACCAUCAGAGAAAAUGCUUAAUAUGUUUCUAUUUCUUGCUCGUCAAUUAAUCGGAUUAAAAAAAAUUGAUGAUCCAUUAUUUACACGACGUUAUUAUCUACUUGAAAAUUUAAGUAUGGUUCAAUCAUUUAUACCAGCAGUUAAUCUCGAAGAUAAUCGAGGUUGUCAAAUAAGUACUGUUGUACUUAAUAAUUUAUUUAAUGCUGUGCAAAAGAAACAUACAGAUCAAUUGAAAAAUUUAAUGAUCGAUAUUGUUUCGGUUAUUUUAGCAGAAUAUGAAACAAUACCAUUUUCACUAUUAGAAUUACUUUUCGCAAGAAUUAUCGAUCCAGAAAAGAAAUUACGUGAAGAAUGUUAUGAAUUAGUUGAAGCAAUCAUACGUCGAAGUGAAUCUAUUAUUAAGUCACCAAUUGCUGAAUAUUUCAAAGCAGUUUUAGUUACCGAAGAUACAGAAUCAUUACAUUUACAUUCGAAAAUUUAUUAUAUAUUCGACGCAUUAAGUCAUAUAUCCGAUACAAUUGUUGAUGAAAUUAUUCCAACAAUUGAACAUCGAUUAACAGUAUCAAAUGAAAAACAUCGUCGUGAUGCCGCAAAAAUCAUUGCUUAUGUCACAAGUUCACCAAAUAAUGAUAUUGCAAAAAAAUAUAAAACUCUAUGGAAUGCAUUUCUUGAACAAUUUAAAAAUGGUACACCCGAAGUUCAAUUAACAUGUAUGAAACAUUUGAAAAGUUAUUUUGUUAAUCAUCCAGAAUUAACAUCUGACCUUGAAGAUGUAAUGGUUCAAUUAAGUCUUUCAGCUGAUACAAAUAUACGUUCACAAUUAAUGACACAAAUUCGUGCUAUAACAAAUUCAAAUCUUUGUGAUAUAAGUGAUAGAAUGAAACAAAUUUUAUGUGAACGUGCAAGAGAUAAAAUUUGGGAAGUUCGAAAAGAAGCACUUGAUUAUCUUGGACAUGUUUAUAAAAAAGAAUGUACUAAUGCAAAUUGGUCAGAUGAUAUACAAAAACAGUUAACAUGGAUAGCAAAUUGUAUUAUACAUUUGUAUUAUCAGAAAGCGACACAAGACAAAUUAUUAGCUGAAAGACUUUUGACUUUUUAUUUAAUGCCAUGGGAUGUUAAAACAGAUGAUAAAGUACGAGUUUUAUUAACAUUAUAUUCAAAUGUUAGCGAAAAUGCUCAACGUGCAAUUCGUGAAAUCAUUCACAGUAAAUUUGUAUUUCGUCGUCAAUUGGAUAAAUUAAUUGAUUUUUGUUUGCAAAUGGCUGAUCCAAACAUCGGAAAUGAUGAUAAACAAUUGAUCGAAUUAAAACUUGUUAGUCUUAUUCAUGCCAUUGCUAUACGUUGUUUACCUAAUCCAGAUAAAAAUGAAUCCGUAUUAAAAGCAUUUGCUAUUUAUGCUAUUAAACAGCAUAAACAAUCAUUAGUAAACACAAAUGAAACAAGUAUUUUAUCAGUAUUUAAACAAGCUAUAUCCGAUGGAAUUAAAUCAAAAGAAUGUUAUGCUUUAGCUAAUGGUAUGGGACAAAUGUUAUUAGAAGAAGCAGCUAAAGAACAAAAACGUUUUCCAACAAAUACAACAGAUGAACAAACAACAACAACAACAAAUGUAGAAAAUAAUAUUCAAGGACAAUAUACCAAAAUGUGCGGAUUAAUCAAAACAAUGUUUGAAAAAAUUUCAACACUUUUAUUUGAUCAAGAAACAGUUAGUAAAUUACUUAAAUUUAUAUUUGAACGAGUAUCAAACGAACCAGAACAAUCGACUUUAUACUAUGAAAAUAUUAAUCAAUUAUUAAAGGUUUUUAUUCAACAUCCAUUUAUUUUUAAUUCUCCAGAAUCACUUGAAUUUCUUUGUAAUCUAUUAAAACAACAAGUACUUGAAUUAGCUCCUAUACUCAUACGUACAAUUGAAGCAUGUGCACCAUUAAUUAUUGCAUCAAAUCAACGUAACAUGUUAACACUUAUCGAUACUGAACUUUCAUCAUAUUUAACUCUUCAUCCACCGAUUGCAAAACGUGCACUCUAUUGUAUGUGUGCAUUACAUCCAGAUAAAAGAGAUGAAUUACUUCAAAAAAUGAUCGAUGAUACACAAUAUGAUCAAUUUGAUAAUGAACAAUUUAUUACUCGGCUUGUUUUACUUGGUCAUAUGAUACAAAUAUCUCCACAAGCACUUGGAGAUAUUGGUAAACGAAUACUUAAUAAUAUAUCGAAAUAUAUUGUUGAUAAACAACCAACAAAUGAUAUUGAUGAUGAUGAUAAUAUGACAAGUUCAUUUCUACAUGGAAAUUUUACUUUAUUAACUGAUGAACCACAUUAUGAUCCAGAAAUUGGAGCAGAUACUCGUGUUAAACGUGAAUUAAUCAAAGCAAUGACUCGAGCAGUAUUAGGUUUACGUGAAAAUUCAGGUAGUUUAUUUACAAUUACGUAUAAACUUAUACGAAAAUGUAUUGAAAAAGAUCAAGAUUUUACGGGUGAAAUGAGUGAAAGUGAAAUCAUUUACAUUCGUCUUUGUGGUGUAUCAUGUUUAUUAAAAUUAAUUUGUAAUUCAUAUUUUUAUACACGUAUAAAACCUGAAGAUUUUCUUACGAUAAUGACAUUACUUCGAGAUCCAUCGUCACCAAUUCGUCAACGAACAUAUCGUAAAUUAGCUGAACAUUUACGUGAUCCAUUAUGUCCUAUUGAAUUACUUGCAUUAUUAGCAUUUGCUGCUAAAGAACCUGAACGUGAACAUCGUGAACAAAUUCAUCGUUCAAUGUUACAAAUUAUUGAUACACGUCGUGAACAUAUUAAACUUCAAUUAUCUUAUAAAACAGCUCAUACAAGUAAUGGUCAUCAACCAACAAAUGGUUUCGAUCAUGAUGAUAAAGAUGAUGAUGAAAAUAGUUCAUCAACAACUGAUGAUAAACCUAUUGAUUAUACAUUAUAUCCCGAAUAUUCUCUAACAUAUUUUCUAUAUUUUCUUUCCAAAUCACCAGCAUUUAUUUUAUACGAUGAUAUUGAAAUGUUACAUACAAUGACGGAUUAUAUUUUAUUUUUAUUAGAUGCAUUAUUAUUACGUUGUGAUACAACAGUUGGUUUAUUUUACAAAGGUUUAUUACGUUCAAUAAAAUCAGCCGAAGAUGCAUCAAUAUCACCUGAUAAAGAAGAAAAAGCUGAAAGAAAAGAUGCAUUAAAAAAAUUACAUGUACUUGUUGAUCUAGCUUAUGUUAUUUUAUCUCAACGUGCAUCAUCAUUAAUGAUAUGCCGAGCUAGUUCAAAUGUUCCACUACCUGAUUUGUAUUUUAAAAAAAUACGUUAUAAUCAUUUUUCAUAUUUACCAAAAGAUUUUAAAAUAAAACUUAAACCAAUAGCAAUUACAUCAACUACAACAACAACAACACCAGCAGCAGCAGCUAAUGAUACACCAACAACAACAAAUAAACGUAAAACAAAUUCUGAUUCAAAUAAUACAACAGCAUCAAGUAUAACAAUUAUCAAAACACCAACAAAUACUACAAGACGAAAAAAAAUCAGUGGAGAUAAUGACGAAGAAAAUGAUAAUUCAGCAAAGAAACAAAAAGCUCUACCAAGUAUUAAAAAACGUAAACGACAAACUAGUAGUAAUAUUGAAGAGAAUAACGGUUCACCAUCAGUUAAUGGAAAUAACAGUCGAAAAACUCCAGCAAGUAGUUCAAAUCGAGCUCGUGUGAAUUUUGCAUAUGAAAAACCUCAAUUACGUUCAGCAUCAUCAUCAUCUUCAUCACCAUCACCGAAAUCAAAAUCUCGUGUCAAAAGCAAAGUUUAA